CACCUUACAAUCACCUCUGUAGGACGUCCAACCACGUCCAAGAUAGCCGACAUAGAGUUGGCAGACGUAUGAUACUUCUUAGCCUUUGACCCGCGAAGACAGAAACAACCCGCUAGGAGAUGUGGGCCGCGAAGCUUCCAGAGGUUAUCACCCAGCGAAACCUCGCCGUCUCCUCCACCACCACUGCGGCUGCUGAGCUCGAUAUCGGGAAUGAUCCCGUAGCCAUUCGCUCUCGUUCGCCCUUGGACAAGGCCCACAACGACUUCUGGGGCCUCCCCUCCAACCCCCUCUCCAUCUACCACACGGGGCCCGCCUGGCCGCUGCCUACCGGCCCCCGGGCCCAGCGUGUCCCCAAGGAGGCUAGACCUGUCUGCACCCACACGAUCGUACCCGUGUGGCACCAACUAGGCGAACGGAUCUACAAGUACUUUGAUUCUCGUGAGCUUAAAUGGACGAGUAUUGACCCCGUCCGCUUUGCUGAAGCUGAAAAGGAACCCGGUCCCCUUUUCCUCUGGGUGGGCGUCAUGCCCGGGACUCUCUCCCCCAAUGACGCCGAGGACGCGGCCGUGCGUUGCAAGGAGAUUCUCUUGGAGUAUGAAAUCAUCGACGUCGAAAUCGCGUUCCGCGAGUCCAUCUUCACCCGGUUCGCCGGACCACAGCUCCUCGACCACGUCCCCUUCGUUGACCCAAUAGCCGACGUACGCGGUCCAUUCACUCCGGCACUCGGUCUCCAGAUCGCUGCCAAGGCCUUCCCUUACUUCGAAGGGACCGGCUGUCUCUAUCUCUGCGAAGGCGGCGGGAGCGAUCGGGUCUUCCUCCUUACCGCCCGCCAUGUUGCUCUCCCGCCCAGCCAGUAUCCUAACGAGCUCUACAACUGCAAGAACAACAGCAUGCCUCGUCGCGAGAUCAUCCACCUCGGUAACAGGGCUUUCCAGAACGCUCUCGAGACCAUCAUGGACAAGAUUGGCCACGAGGAUAUCAUGAUCGACAGCUACAAGGACGAGCUUGAGGGUCUGGGAGAGGCCGUCGAGGGCGAGGACGCUAAGACAACCACUAGCCGGAAGGAGUUUGAGGACAGGUUGGCAAAGGCGGAGGCGUCGAAGGCGAGCGGGUACGAGUUCUACGGUAACGUCACUAAGUUCUGGAGCGCAGAGAGCCAGCGCAUCCUGGGACAUGUCCUCUAUGCCCCUCCCAUUUCUGUUGGUACUGGCGACAAACAAUUUACGGAAGACUGGGCUCUCGUUGAGCUCGACCGCAGGAAGUUCAACUGGAACGUUUUCCGGAGCAACGUCAUUCAUCUCGGAACCAAACUUACGGCCGGCCAAUUCAUGAAGAAGAUGUAUCCUCACGCUGAGACCCGUGCCGAUUUCAAGUAUCCGCGUGGCGGCCUCAUGCAGCUUCGAGACUUCGUCAAAGAUGGCGAGCUGCGCCACCCAACCAUGCUCGACGCAAAUGGAGAACACUGUUUUAUCGUCGUUAAGAACGGUGCCACCACCGCUGUUACCCUCGGUCGUGCGACCGGCAUCGAAUCGUUCGUUCGUGAAUACAAGGAUUACGCCAUUCACUCGACAUCUAUGGAGAUCGCUGUCUACUCCUACAGUCACAAGGAUGGCGCUUUCUCCGCCUCCGGGGACUCUGGGUCUGUCGUCGGUGACGCCAACAGUCGCAUCGUCGGCAUGCUCACCGGCGGUGCCGGCUGGAACAACUCUACUGACGUUACCUAUGUGUCGCCAUACUACUUCCUCGAUGAGCGUAUCAAGAAGGCCUUCCCCAAUUCCUACCUCUACCCGAUCCCCGACCUUACCCCGGUCUAGUCGCGACAUCGAUACACGACGACACCGGGGACGCUGGCGAGGCGGUCUCGUCCCUUUUCUUCUAGCUUCUACCUAUGUGACUUCUUCUCCUUCCGUCGCACCCUUCUCUUUCUGUCUUGCUCCUUAUCUAUGGUUCGCUGUCAGUGUCGACGGGUGCUUGACUGGCGAACUGCUGUUUAGGCCCUGGAUAGUGACCCGUUGUUCAGGCUAGACCCUGGCGUAGUGGAUUGGAUUCAUUGUCGAGGUUCGUUUUUCGUAUAACUAACGGCCUAGACUGGUAGGCUUGUCGUCUAGUUCGUCUCGUUUCUU